CCCCGCACCUGCGGGCAGCGAGGAGCGUGGGCCUCGGAGGCAUUUCAGCUCCUGCGCUGGGCACCGCCCAUAUCUCGGCCAUCCCAAGCUGAAUAGGGACUCGCUCUCUCUCUCCCUCCUUGUCUAGUCAGGAUGGCCGUCCUCUCUAAGGAAUAUGGUUUCGUGAUUCUAACUGGUGCUGCCAGCUUCCUAAUGGUAACUCAUCUAGCCAUCAACGUUUCCAAGGCCCGCAAGAAGUACAAAGUGGAGUAUCCUACAAUGUAUAGCACUGACCCUGAAAACGGACACCUCUUCAACUGCAUUCAGCGGGCCCACCAGAACACGUUGGAAGUGUACCCUCCCUUCUUAUUUUUUCUAGCUGUCGGAGGUGUUUACCACCCACGUGUAGUUUCUGGCUUGGGCUUGGCCUGGAUUGUUGGACGAGUUCUUUAUGCUUAUGGCUAUUACACAGGAGAACCUAGAAAGCGGAAACGGGGAGCCCUGAGCUUCAUCGCCCUCAUUGGCCUGAUGGGCACCACUGUGUGCUCUGCUUUCCAGCAUCUUGGUUGGGUUAGAACUGGCUUGAGCAGUGGGUGCAAAAGCUGCCAUUAAAGAGUUAUAGGGUGUUUUGAAACUCUCAUUCAUUUUGAGUGACUUUUAUUUUCAGUGACUUUUUUUUUCCCCUAAAUAAAAACUUACCUGGCGUCAGCCUCAUACCUAA